AUGGAAACUCGAAACGGCAGUAAUCCAACCCUAGAUAUGACCACUUCUGAAAUCAUAAUUGCUGAUAUUCGUAAAAGGCUGAAGGAACAAGAAAUGGAUAUUACCUUCUACUACUACAACUAUUGGACUGUUGAGGCUGGUAGAGAAGGCACUAGAGAAGAGAUCAUUGUCAAAGAUGUCAUUACACUUGAGAACAAAGAGAAGUUUGAGAAAAUUAUCAAAGAAGCAGUCCACAGAAAUUACGAGGAUGGGGAAGGAGAAUCUGAUCAUGAAGAUAACUGGAUAAAGCCAAACAUUGAGUAUGAAUGCACAUAUGGGAAAGGAGAUAUGUUCGAACCCCUGACUCAUUUAGUCAGAGCAAGGGAGGAUAACAGGUCUGAAGCUGAGACAGAGAGAUUUGUGGUAGAUGAUAAUGCAAGUUAUAUAUCUGAAGACCAUAAGACAGAGAAAAAUUUCUCUCCUCGAUAUACCAUGGAUGAGGACAACUCAAUUAUUCAUAGAAAAGGGCAAUAUCUAGCUAUCAUGUUUUAUUCUUUAUCCUCAGAAUCAUCUCUUGAGGCUCUGCCAAUGCUAGACGAAUUUUUAACUUUAGAGAAUCCUUUCAGAGUUAUUGCAAUCAACCAUGAUGCGGUUGAUAAUCUUGUACAAGGACUUGGCCCAAAAAUAGAGUUGUUUACCAUCCCAUCAACAAAAUUGACACCUUCCAAACUUGAAAAAUACUCUUUACACUCGUUACCCAAGCUUUUAGUUGUGAAUUCUAAAGGAGUUGUAAACUUCUUCGGGAAGCCGUCCAAGUUCAACUUUAAUAGCCUAGAAAGUUAUAAAAAGGAUAUUAACAUGGAUCUCAAUGCUCAAGUUGAUUACUCCAAGGAGAAAUCUAACUUCUUGAAUUUUUACACAGGAAUUUUGGACAACUAUGGCCAGAUUUUUGGCAACUUUAUUGAGUAUAAAAUAGAGUUCAUUGAAAGAACCUGCGCUGCUUAUCUGGAAACAAAAAGUUAUAUAAUUCGCAUUUUUAUAUAUGCAAUUAGAAAGUCACAAGGAGACGCAUACUUCAUAUCCUCCCUCUUUAGAGAAAACACUGGGUCAUGGUGUACUAUCUACGAGACGAUCAAAAUUGAAGAUACAGCAAGUGUAUCCAAAGGGCACAAGUGAAACCAGUGAGGUACUAAACUAGAUCACACACAGUUUAUCUGACUCGAAUGCGAGCAUGCUCAUUUCUGCGAGAAAUGAGUGCAGAAAGAUGUAAAAAAUUUCAAACAAUAUCAUAGCAACUACUUCUGUAGGGCUAUGUGUCAUGGAAAGCAUGCUCUUCUUUGUGUCGCACCUGAUACUAAGACAGAAUAUCUUGACGUUCUCCUCUACAAGUCUCAGACAGUCGUGCCUGAAAGCUUCUAUGAUGAAGAUGAUAUUCAAGGAGAAGAUCUCCAGCAGAACAAAAUUACGGAUUUCUGUGAUUUCUGCUCUAGAGCAAUUAAAAGAAUCGCCUGGAAAUGUCUCAACUGAAGAUCUCUUACUAUAUGAGACAGAUGACGCACAGAGAAUGAUCCUGAAGACGAAGAUGUAUUGGUUGAACAUGAGCUUGAUCAUGUAUAUUUAAGAAUCCUUGAUUUCCAAGAUGUGGUUAUUAAAGAGAUCAAAUCCUAAAUCAAUCCAAAAAUAUUAA